CAAAAAUAACAAAUACAGAUACAAUGUAAACUACAAAUAAAAGUUAACAAAAUUUAUAUUGCCAUGUAACAAACGUCAAGUGCAACAGUUGGCUGAGUCACUCUCUGUCCCUCAGGUUGUGACACAGUGACACAUACUUGGCAACAAGACCAUUGCGUUGCCAUGACGAGCGAGGAGGAGGAGGGCCCCAGCGUUGCAACAUCAACAGCAACAACACCGUUGGCUGCAACAAUCUCCAGGGUAAAAACAGCCGUAUCCAGGGGCGGUGACAAUGAUGCUGUCACUUACUCCUCCCCAUGCAGGCCUUCCCCGUACCACCUCCCAUGUCCCGAGGAAAAGGAGGAGAAAGAGGAGGAAAUAGAGGAGCAAGGGAUAAUUCAUGAAGAGAGGAUUGAGAAGGAGGAUGAGGAGGAGAUGGUGGAGUUAAAGGGGGAUGAUGAAGAUGAUGGCAGCAGUGAUACCAGUGUGUUAGUCGUGCCCUACCCUGAGCUGGUACCUGUGGUCUUCUUCUGCCUCAAGCAGACAACCUGUCCUCGCAGCUGGUGCAUCCGCAUGGUCUCCAGCCCAUAUCCUUUUUAUGCUGUGAAUGAUGAUAGUUGGAGGUUGUGGAUUAUCUCCACAAGUGCUGUAUUUUAAUAUCUUAAUCCAUCAUCAUUUAAUCAUUCAGAACUCUUCAU